AUGUCUAAGACUAAGAAGAGGAGGAAUAAUGGUCGUUCCAAGAAGGGUCGCGGUCAUGUUCAGUUCAUCCGAUGUAGCAACUGCGGGAGGUGCUGUCCUAAGGACAAAUGCAUCCCCAAAUUUGUUAUUCGGAACAUUGCAGAAGCUGCUGCAGUAAAGGAUUUGACAGAGGCCUCCUUCUACACAGGAUACACUCUGCCGAAACUGUAUGUCAAGCUGCAAUAUUGCGUGAGUUGCGCCAUCCACGGGAAGAUUUUGCGAGGUCGUUCAAAGGCAGAUCGCAAAAUUCGUAAACCCCCUCAGCGUCGCAUCGAGUUUAGUCUGCUGGAGUCCUUGGAGGUACUAGGUUUCAAUCUUGCGGAGCUUUAUUGA